AUGGAUGCGGAUACAAAUACUCAAGCUGAUGAACCUUUUAUAGACAUUUUCGAUCUUGUGUUCUUACUUUUAGCUACCGCUGGAGCAUUCGUUUAUUUAUUCAGAGAUACUUUAUUUGGAAAAAAUGAAAGACCUGUACAAGCCGUUCCAGUAGUCCCUGUCAGUAAACCGAUUGUUUUUACUCAACCAAAAAAAAGCAAAGAUUUCCUUAAAAAAAUGAAAGAUACUGAUAAAAACGCGAUUUUUUUUUACGGAUCUCAAACAGGUACAGCUGAAGAUUAUGCUUCACGUCUUGCAAAAGAAGGUCAACAAAGAUUUGGAUUGAAAAUUAUGGUGAUUGAUGUUGAAGAUUGUGAUAUGACACUUCUUGAUCAAUUUCCAGAAGAUUGUAUAGCAUUCUUUUUGUUUGCAACUUAUGGUGAAGGUGAACCACCAGACGAUGCAAUAGAAUUUUGGGAGUUAAUAACUACAGAAAAUCCCGAGUUCUCAAAUGGUAUACCAAUUGAUGAAAAGCCAUUGUCAACUCUUCGUUAUGUAGUUUUUGGUUUAGGAAAUAAAACUUAUGAACAUUAUAAUGCUGUUGGGAGGAUGAUUGAUGCUAAGUUAAGCGAAUUUGGAGCUAAAAAGAUUGGUCAAGCUGGUGAAGGCGAUGAUGAUGGUAGUUUAGAAGAAGAUUUUCUUGGAUGGAAAGAAGAUAUGUGGAAAGCUGUUUGUGAUGCAAUGAAUAUUGAUCAAAGUGAAUUACACACGAGUUCACGAAUUGCUGCCUAUAAGAUUACAGAAUUAGAAGAUUAUGAUGCCAAUAAAGUGUAUUAUGGUGAAUUUAGUGAACAUGCUAUUAUGGCCAAUGAAACUGGCCAAACUUAUGAUGCAAAAAAUCCAUUUCCUGCUACUAUUCAAAACACCCGUGAGUUAUUUAAUUCAUUAGAUCGUAAUUGUCUUCAUGUGGAAUUGGACAUAGGUGGAUCUGGGCUUACAUACCAAUCAGGUGAUCAUGUUGCUAUUUGGCCAAUUAAUCCUGAACAAGAUGUCUAUAGAUUACUUAAAAUUUUAGGUCUUUGGGAAAAAAAAGAUACUAUAAUAAAUCUUGAAAGUACUGAUCCAUCUGCAUCAAAAAAGAGCCCUUUCCCUGUUCCAACAACAUAUGCUACUAUAUUUCGAAAUUAUCUUGAUAUCCAUGCACCAGCAUCACGUCAAUUUAUUGCAACAUUGGCAAAUUAUGCUCCAACUGAGGAGGGAAAAUCUAGGCUCACCACAUUGGGUCAAGAUAAAGAUGCAUACAAAGCAGAAGUUUUAGAUGCACAUCUUACACUUGGAGAAGUAUUAGAAUUGAUUUCACCUAAAGGAAAGCAAUUAGAUACAAUUCCUUUAGAUUUAAUUAUUGAAACAUUACCAAAAUUACAAUGUAGAUACUAUUCUAUAUCUAGUACACCUAAAUCAACACCUUCAUCUAUUCAUGUAACAGCAUCAGUAUUAUCAUUCAAACCUGCAUUAUCUCAAAAAUCUGUAUAUGGACUUGCGACAAAUUAUCUCCUACAAAUUCAUCGUAAACUACAAAACAUCCAACAUCCUGAAGCAUCACCAUAUUAUUUGUAUUCUGGUCCUAGAGAUAGAUUUUAUGAUGAAUCCUCAAACACAAUCAAAGUUGCAAUUCAUGUAAGAAAUACAAAUUUCAAAUUACCAAAAGAUCUUAAAAUACCAGUUAUAAUGGUUGGUCCUGGUACAGGUUUAGCACCAUUUCGAGGAUUUGUUAUUGAAAGAGCCAAAUAUAAAUCAGAAGAUGAAGAUGUUGGUGAUACAGUUUUAUUUUUUGGUUGUCGAAAAAUUAAUGAGGAUUUCUUAUAUAAAAAUGAGCUUGAAGAAUUAUUUAAUAUACUUGGUGAUAGUGGGAAAUUAUUCACAGCAUUUUCAAGAGAACAGGAAAACAAAGUAUAUGUACAACAUCGAUUACAAGAGCAAGAAAAAUAUAUUUGGGAUUUGAUUUACAAUCAUGGUGGAUAUUUUUAUGUGUGUGGUGAUGCUAAAAAUAUGGCACGUGAUGUAAAUACCUCACUAAUUCGAAUUGCACAGAAAAUUGGUGGAAUGGAUGAAGGUAGUGCAAUAACUUAUAUUAAAGAUUUAAGAAGUUGUGGACGAUAUCAAGAAGAUGUUUGGAGCUAA